GUGGUGGAAAUGCUAUUGGCUCUCACAGGCGUGAGCCCGCACGGGAAAGACAAUGGAGGCCGAACAGCGCUCUCAUGGGCUGCCGGAAAUGGUCACCGGGAGAUAGUGGAG